GCCCAGUUCCCCAGUUCUGGCAGAUUCUGGAAACUGUACAUUGAAGCAGAGAUUAAAGCAAAAAAUUAUGACAAAGUGGAAAAGUUAUUUCAGCGCUGCCUUAUGAAGGUUUUACACAUUGAUUUAUGGAAAUGUUACCUUUCCUAUGUACGAGAAACCAAGGGGAAGCUACCUAGUUACAAAGAAAAAAUGGCUCAGGCAUAUGAUUUUGCUCUGGAUAAGAUUGGCAUGGAAAUCAUGUCAUACCAGAUCUGGGUGGAUUACAUCAAUUUUUUGAAAGGCGUAGAAGCAGUAGGAUCCUAUGCAGAGAACCAGAGGAUCACAGCUGUCCGUAGGGUUUACCAGCGUGGCUGUGUCAACCCCAUGAUAAACAUAGAGCAGCUCUGGAGAGAUUAUAACAAAUAUGAAGAGGGCAUCAAUAUUCACUUAGCCAAGAAGAUGAUCGAGGACAGGAGUAGAGAUUAUAUGAAUGCACGACGUGUGGCAAAGGAGUAUGAGACGGUGAUGAAGGGGCUGGACCGCAACGCUCCCUCCGUGCCCCCCCAGAACACCCCCCAGGAGGCUCAGCAGGUGGACAUGUGGAAGAAGUACAUCCAGUGGGAAAAGAGCAACCCUCUACGAACAGAGGAUCAAACUCUCAUAACAAAAAGAGUGAUGUUUGCCUAUGAGCAGUGUCUCCUGGUGCUGGGCCAUCACCCAGACAUCUGGUAUGAAGCAGCUCAGUACCUGGAGCAGUCCAGCAAGCUGCUGGCUGAGAAAGGGGACAUGAACAAUGCUAAGCUUUUCAGUGAUGAGGCUGCUAAUAUUUAUGAAAGAGCGAUCAGCACUUUAUUAAAGAAGAAUAUGCUUCUUUAUUUUGCAUAUGCAGAUUAUGAAGAGAGCCGCAUGAAGUAUGAGAAGGUGCACAGCAUCUACAACCGGCUCCUGGCCAUCGAGGACAUCGACCCCACCCUGGUUUAUAUCCAGUACAUGAAAUUUGCCAGGAGAGCAGAAGGCAUAAAAUCCGGCAGGACGAUAUUUAAGAAAGCCAGAGAGGAUGCCCGGACCCGCCACCAUGUCUAUGUCACUGCAGCUUUAAUGGAGUAUUACUGUAGUAAGGAUAAGUCUGUGGCCUUUAAGAUUUUUGAGCUAGGGCUGAAAAAAUAUGGGGACAUUCCAGAAUAUGUACUGGCAUAUAUCGACUACCUUUCCCACCUUAAUGAGGACAACAAUACAAGAGUUUUGUUUGAGCGUGUUUUAACUUCAGGGAGCCUUCCACCUGAGAAAUCUGGGGAAAUCUGGGCUCGCUUUUUAGCCUUUGAAAGUAACAUUGGGGAUCUGGCCAGCAUCCUGAAAGUGGAAAAAAGGAGGUUUACAGCAUUCAAGGAAGAAUAUGAGGGCAAAGAAACAGCUCUGCUGGUGGACAGGUACAAGUUCAUGGAUCUGUACCCUUGCUCUGCCAGUGAGCUGAAGGCCCUUGGUUAUAAGGAUGUCUCCCGUGCCAAGCUAGCAGCAAUAAUUCCAGACCCUGUGGUUGCACCUUCCAUCGUGCCUGUCCUCAAGGAUGAAGUGGACAGGAAACCUGAAUAUCCCAAACCAGACACUCAGCAGAUGAUUCCAUUUCAGCCAAGGCACUUAGCACCUCCAGGUUUACAUCCUGUCCCAGGUGGGGUAUUUCCUGUUCCACCAGCAGCUGUAGUUCUCAUGAAGCUCCUACCACCUCCUAUUUGUUUUCAGGGUCCCUUUGUUCAAGUGGAUGAGCUCAUGGAGAUAUUCAGAAGAUGCAAACUGCCAGACACUGUUGAUGAAGCUGUAAGGAUAAUCACUGGUGGCCUGCCUGAAAUAGCAGUGGAAGGCAAUGGACCUGUGGAAAACAACACCAUUCUCAACAAGGCUGUGAAGAGAUCACAUGAGGAUUCUGAUGACGACGAGGAGAAAGGAUCUGUAGUUCCCCCUGUACAUGACAUUUACAGAGCACGACAGCAAAAGAGAAUCCGGUGAAACAAGCUGGGAGUUCUGCUGUGACAGACAAAGACUUGCAUUGAAUCAGUCUCUUAAAAGUCAAGCAUUUAAAAGGGACAGCUGCAAACAAAAAAAUCCUUGAAAAUGGUUUUGUUACUGUGGUGCCUCUUCUCCCAUAUGGUUCUUGAUCUGAAAACAGCCCGAACAACCUUAGAAUGUGCUCUGAACAAAACUCGGUUUUCAAAACCAAAAGUGCAAAAUGUCAAAACUGUAUUUUGUUCUCCGAGGGUGUACACAUCUACCACUUGAACUCUUGUGGGUUUUCAACAGUUUUAUUUUAAAAACUGGAUGGCUUAUACUUGUGAAGCAUUUUUAAUUCACAUUUUCUGGAAAACAGUUGUUCUCAGUUUGUUCAUGUAGUGUCCUGCCUUAUUGUUCGUUUUUAUUUAUGGCAGAAUGUAAGGAAUCUGUUUUGUAGUUGAAAAUUAAAAAAAGAAACAACAACAAAAAAACAUUCCUUUAAAAUAAAAGGAUAUCCAUAA